UGGCAAGACAAACAAAUCGGAGAGGAUCUCGUAAAUUUGAAUGUCACGAACACAUCUCAAAGGACAACGGUCUUGGAAAUGAAAGGUAUGUAUAUUUAGAACUUGUAGUGGUGUUUCUUUAGUGAGGUUUUGAUUGGUGAAAAGGUCAUAGCUGGUGUGGAGGUCGUUGUUGUCAUCUAUAUAGAUGUGCCUGCUCUAAGUUGGUAAACCAGCCUUCCUUGUAUUAAGAAAUCAGUUUUAGGUCAGAUGUGUUGACUCGUCUUUGGGAAAACUGGAUAAUUUGACAAAACUUUACAGAACUUUAAUGUUUGCAUUACGGCUGCUGGAGUAUUUGGGCUGCAGUAGGAUGGGCUAGAAUCCUCACCGGGAAACCCAGUUUGUCCUUUGUCUUUGGCACUUAAAUGGGUAAUCGCUUGUCUUAAAAUCCUUUUCUAUUUGUCAUGAUUGUCUACAGAAAAGAUGGACUCAAUGUACAAAGCUUUUGAAGCAUUGUCCAAACGUCUUGACUCACUGGACGUAAAUAUGGGAAGAAAACUGGAUUUAGUAAAUGCAUAUGUUAAGAACGCAUCUCAGAGGACAACUGCUUUGGAAAUACAAGGUAUGCACUUUAAGUCGUGUGUAUGCGUGUGCAUCUGCACUCUUAUUUCACUGCUCAUUUAACGUCUUUGAAGAAACUGAAGGCAGUGAAACGGAAGCCUUUUCUACAAGGUUUGAUGGUUGAAUUUCACAAUUUUUCUUUGUACAACCUACGUGUGUAAUCAGCCAUUUUAGCUUUUUUUCGUCGCGAUUAUCUACAGAUAACCAGGACUCAAUGUUCAAAGCCAUUGAAGCUUUGUCCAAACGCUUCGACUCCCUGGGCACAAAUAUGGAAAGAAAACUGGAUUUAGUAAACGUGAAUGUUAUGAACAUGUCUGAAAGGACGACUGCUUUGGAAAUGAAAGGUAUGCAUAUUUACAUUGAUUUUCAACUUGGGUUGUAUUGCUUUGCUUUACUGCGGUUUGUGAUUGGUCUAUGAAGGAAUCUUGGGCCUCUCUCUCAAACAAGAAGAUGCAAAACGAAAAACAAGUCUGACUCAAUGAUGAACAUUUCUCCUACUUGUGGCCGUUCACGUUAAGUUACCAAUCCUCCCUUGUGACAUCAUUUUCCUACACAGUUAAACCUGUAUUUUUUUCGUCGCGAUUAUCUACAGAUAACCAGGACUCAAUGUUCAAAGCCAUUGAAGCUUUGUCCAAACGCUUCGACUCCCUGGGCACAAAUAUGGAAAGAAAACUGGAUUUAGUAAACGUGAAUGUUAUGAACAUGUCUGAAAGGACGACUGCUUUGGAAAUGAAAGGUAUGCAUAUUUACAUUGAUUUUCAACUUGGGUUGUAUUGCUUUGCUUUACUGCGGUUUGUGAUUGGUCUAUGAAGGAAUCUUGGGCAUCUCUCUCAAACAAGAAGAUGCAAAACGAAAAACAAGUCUGACUCAAUGAUGAACAUUUCUCCUACUUGUGGCUGUUCACGUUGAGUUACCAAUCCUCCCUUGUGACAUCAUUUUCCUACACAGUUAAACCUGUAUUUUUUUUUUUUCGCGAUUAUCUACAGAUAACCAGGACUCAAUGUUCAAAGCCAUUGAAGCUUUGUCCAAACGCUUCGACUCCUGGGCACAAAUAUGGAAAGAAAACUGGAUUUAGUAAACGUGAAUGUUAUGAACAUGUCUGAAAGGACGACUGCUUUGGAAAUGAAAGGUAUGCAUAUUACAUUGAUUUUCAACUUGGGUUGUAUUGCUUUGCUUUACUGCGGUUUGUGAUUGGUCUAUGAAGGAAUCUUGGGCCUCUCUCUCAAACAAGAAGAUGCAAAACGAAAAACAAGUCUGACUCAAUGAUGAACAUUUCUCCUACUUGUGGCUGUUCACGUUGAGCUACCAAUCCUCCCUUGUGACAUCAUUUUCCUACACAGUUAAACCUGUAUUUUUUUCGUCGCGAUUAUCUACAGAUAACCAGGACUCAAUGUUCAAAGCCAUUGAAGCUUUGUCCAAACGCUUCGACUCCCUGGGCACAAAUAUGGAAAGAAAACUGGAUUUAGUAAACGUGAAUGUUAUGAACAUGUCUGAAAGGACGACUGCUUUGGAAAUGAAAGGUAUGCAUAUUACAUUGAUUUUCAACUUGGGUUGUAUUGCUUUGCUUUACUGCGGUUUGUGAUUGGUCUAUGAAGGAAUCUUGGGCCUCUCUCUCAAACAAGAAGAUGCAAAACGAAAAACAAGUCUGACUCAAUGAUGAACAUUUCUCCUACUUGUGGCUGUUCACGUUAAGUUACCAAUCCUCCCUUGUGACAUCAUUUUCCUACACAGUUAAACCUGAUUUUUUUUCGUCGCGAUUAUCUACAGAUAACCAGGACUCAAUGUUCAAAGCCAUUGAAGCUUUGUCCAAACGCUUCGACUCCCUGGGCACAAAUAUGGAAAGAAAACUGGAUUUAGUAAACGUGAAUGUUAUGAACAUGUCUGAAAGGACGACUGCUUUGGAAAUGAAAGGUAUGCAUAUUACAUUGAUUUUCAACUUGGGUUGUAUUGCUUUGCUUUACUGCGGUUUGUGAUUGGUCUAUGAAGGAAUCUUGGGCCUCUCUCUCAAACAAGAAGAUGCAAAACGAAAGACAAGUCUGACUCAAUGAUGAACAUUUCUCCUACUUGUGGCUGUUCACGUUAAGUUACCAAUCCUCCCUUGUGACAUCAUUUUCCUACACAGUUAAACCUGUAUUAGGUGGUCACCUACGAAGAAUGGCUGAAGGGGGGCCACGUAAGACAGGUUCCACAGAAAAGAGGUCAUAUUAAAACGAUGUAAAACGCCAAUUUGAAGCGCGAAAAUUUUACCAAUAUGCAAGUGGAAAGUACGCAUCUAAAGUAUGUUCAAGGGUGUGAUGUAACGCAAUCCGAUCGCAUCUAACCUUUGCUUGCGAAUGACUUGGUGAUCUUUGGCUUCAUUUCUUCGAAUAUAUUCCACACAAACCUUCUAUCAACACACGUGGGGAACCUCCCGAGAAAUUCAAUAUUAUUUCCUGAAAGUAGACUUUCAAAAGUGUAAAAGAUUUAUUUGACGGUUCGAUUUAAUUUCAUUUAAAUAUACUCGCGUGUCAAAAUCUCAGUUCUUGGAAAAUCUCAGAUAUCUUUUCUUUACACAGAUAACCUUAAUACCCCUUUUUUUUUAAUUAUGUGAAAAUUACAAUCACGCAGGGCAGUGUAACUUGGAAAUGAUACUUAAAACAGCGGUAAUUUCUUUAUGAAAUUCAUUUUGAUUCCGUAAGAAUCGAAAUUUGUUUGAAAAAAGUUUCUUUUUGACAUUUCGAAAUUACACCGUGAACCAAUUUUUUUUAUCCAUGCAUUUAUUAUUGAAAGAUUUUAAGAUCUUUAUUUAUGUCUUUCAAUUUCUUCAGGAAGACUGGCUGUAAUUAACAAAACAGUCGAUGCGUGGUACACUCUCCUCACUCGUUUAACAAAAGUGUUGUAAGGAAACUGGAUGUCGUGAUUAAGUCAAUCGAAGAGCUCUCUUUGCAAUUUAAGAACCCAUGCAUCUGAAACGAUAAAGGCAUCGGUUAUGGAAGGAAUGCAUCUUUUAAAUAAUUUUCACUUGCGUGUUGUAAGCAAUGUAGCAUUGCUUGAUUUUGCUUUACCGUCCUAUGCAAACUUGCAUCACCCUAGCUAGCCUGUCAACUAUUAUGAUAUAAAAAUAAGCAUGGUACAAUCAGAGAUGAGAAACUUAACAACAUUUCUCAAGAGAUUUAUUACUUUCUUUAUUAAUCUAUAUUGACAUAUUUAUAUUCAUGCGUCUAUGUAUUUACAUGUAUCUGUCUAUUAGUCAGGAAAACUUGUCCUUUGUUGAAAAACCCGAAGAAUGGUUUUUCACACAGUCACAAAAACUGCACGGGGGAGUUUAUUUCAUUCAGUUGUAACCGUAGUUACUGGUUAAAUGGACCCUCAGAGCGUCUCUGCCUGAACAACGGUUCAUGGACGGGAGUGCAGCCAACUUGUGAAUUUGGUAAGAGUUUCACUCGAUGAUUAUUUAGAGUGUCUUUCGGGUAAGGUUAGUCCUGAAAAAUUUUUAUUAGCCUUAAUAAAAACCGGAGACGAAGUAUGUCAUUAAAAGUAGUUAGAUCAUCUAAGGAUGAAGAUGUAGAUGUAGGUGAAUGUAGGUGUAGAUGUAGAUGUAGAUGAAGGACUGGGCAAAGUUCCAGUCAAUAGCGUUGUUUGUAGGUUGAUGACGUUCAGCUAUUUGAUUUUUAACAUCAUCGCUCGUUUAUGUUCAGUCAGUUUUCCGUUGAAGUACCUGCAAACCUCUCUGAUGUUACAGGAAGCCCAGAAACUGGAAUCCCUAAUCUCGCUUGUGUGUAUCUACCUUUAGUCGGUGAAUGUCAAAAGGCAAUCAUCAAUUUGAUGGUUUUUCGGACGUUGUGGGGUUGUGAUUCGCAAGAUACUUCCGGACAUAUCUGUUAUGUAUUGCAGGAUCACUGAAAAACUACGAGUCCCGUUGUAGAUCGAAUAUGCAAUUUUAUUACUUUUGUGGAUGUUUCGUUCCUUGAUGAAGCGUCGUUGAAGUUGCCCUGGAAAUAAUUGCAAAGUGCAUGUAAUAUUAACCGGAUAAAUUGUCUAGUGUUUUGAAAAAUUAGUUGCGCUCGUCUUGUUAGAGUUAUAAUUGUCAUAGCUUUAUGGGGUGUCAAGUUUUAAUAGAAUUUGUCUUGAAAUCACUUGGAAUGUUAGAUGUAACAAGGAAUAUUCUUGAUUCUGUGAUAUGUUACUAUUCAUUCUUAAAGGGAAGAGCUUCAGACUUUUCUAGUGGGUAGAACAUUCCGUUAAGAUGGUUAUAAAAACUCGAUUUCCUCACUAAAUUUCCUUUCGUUUGAUUUCAGUCAGCCCGAACUACUCUUUGUUAUUUCCAUAUAAGAGUAAAAAUGAUUACGUAAUCAUCACGCAUGGAAUGCCAAGCCUUACAGCUGUGACAGUUUGUAUGUGGAUAAAGACUAAUGCUACAGGAAGUAAUGGAGCACUUCUCAGCUAUGCUGUGAGUGGAACGGAUAACGAACUGUUGUUAUAAAGGCCCGGAGAUUUUGGGUUCGGUGUGCGAUCAGUUGGGAGGUACGAGAAUACGGUUUCAUUGGGGAAUAGGAACGAUACACUGCGCAUGAUGUGCAGAACCCGUCCUGUACUAUUUGAAUCGUGAAUCAGCAAUAGUAAAUGUUGUCAGAGCUAUUUAAUGAACCAUAUUUGGUUAGUCCUAAUGGCGGAGCCCUGAAUGCUAUUUCCUUACACUUAUCAUCCAUGAAAUAAAGCACUAUUGGACAAAGCCGAUGAUUGAAAACUCUCGGCGUUGUGCGUUUUUCUUUCUCUAAUUAUAUCACGUCUGAACAUUUGUGGUAAUGAGUGAAUAAAGGGAGAGGUGUGAACGUACGAUCAUCAGUUGCCUUUUUUUCAAUCAAAUUUUCUCAAAUUGAUGGGCUGAAUAGACUUUCGAGUGAAAUUUGAGAGUUUUAGAAUCAUGAGAGGUUUAGAAUUAUGAGAGGUUAACAAUAAACCAUCUCAUGAAAAUGGUAUCAAAUGCCUUGCAGACAGAGCUUGAUGAUAUUUUAGCAUUUCACCUCUCUACGUGCAGAAAGAGAUAGAAGAGGGAUACAGGUUCAAUAAUUAUCGCACCAGACUCAAAAUCUAUCACACCAAUUAUCUUUAACUACUUUAUCAAUCGUUUAACCUUUUCAAAAUGGAUUAUUAAGGAAAAACUUUAAAUCAUUUCAAUGUUCAUUAUAGUGGUUACACCCGUGUAUCUGCCAACGAUGGAAAGUGGCAUCACAUCUGCGCAGCAUGGGAGAAUACCGCUGGAUCGUGGAAAUUGAUCAAGGAUGGUUAUUUGGGGGCUAGUGGUAGAGGAUUAUCAAAAGGUAAGUUGUACUCAGAAAAUAUCGAACAUCAAACUAAUUCACAAAAUUUUGCCGCCAGGCAGGUCGAGUAUUUUAACAAAAAAUAUGAAAAUUUUCAGAUUAAACGUUUCGCUUACUAAACUUUAUUUAAAUUGUUUGUUCUGGUAUUACUAAAAUACCUUUAAAAAAACUUACACCAAAAAAAAAACAACGACUACUUUUCCACAAAUUGGUUUAAAAGCACGACUAGCGAAGGAAUGGAGACAUAUUCUUGCUCUUAAUUACAGGCCGAUGGAUCCGCGGAGGUGGACACCUUGUACUUGGACAGGAUCAAGACAAAUUGGGAGGAGGCUUUCAAGAACGUGAAAGUUUCAUUGGUGAAAUGGCAGAUGUCAAUAUCUGGAAUCGCGUGAUUUCAGACCAAGAAAUCAGGCGCAUGUCCAAAUCGUGCCUGACAGGGACGGGAAAUUUGUUUCAGUGGAGCGACUUCAAAUUCCACAGAAUGGGCUCGGUGCAGAUAGCUCAGCCUUCUUGCUUAAAUUGAAAUGCGUAAUGCUCUACUGAAGUUGAACUUUUAAUCGUAUUUAGUUAGUUUUAGGAUUGUUUCAUUAAGUUUAAUUUUAAAGUUCAAAACAAGCGAAAAAAUGAUGGCACUAAGUGUUAAGUACUCUUCUUUUUCAAUGUGAAACUUCUUAAAUGUUAUAGAAAUGUCGUUUCCGUUCUUAAAAUUUCUCUUAUUAUUUUGCAAGUUUGAGUUGCUAAUUUGCCGCGUGAAGAAUUAUCUUUCCGCUCUGGGAAAUAAGUAACCCUGAAAUCCUGUAGGAUGUAUGAAAAUAUUAAUUGAUAUGAAUGGAAAAUACAGCCAGGCCGUUAACUUUAAGGCAGCUUUUCAAAAACAAAAUUUCUAGGCCGAUUAAAUCACACAAAAAAAAAUGAAUUGAAAGGGUUGAAACUCUAAGGAAGUACCUCUUUAAUAAUUUUUUAAAAAUUUUUUUUCUUCCUUUUUCCCCUUUUUUCUUUCUUUAUUUGUUAUUUUUGCCCUUUAUUAUCCUUUUUUCUUCAAGUUCCAGGCAUUCAGUUGGGGGAGACGAACAGGAGAGCGAAAAAUUUUUCCUCGCGAAAAAAAAAAUAGAAUGUGCAAAAAAUGGCAUGCAAAAGAGCACUCUCUUUCUAUUGCCGUAUUCCUAACAACCAUGGUUAACCGCAACCGAAAUGCGCCAAGUUGCUUGCCAUUUUUAGCCCGUCUGUUUUCGUUCCUCUCUCAACUAAUGUCCUAGUCCAAGAGAGUCAAUGUGUUUCUUGCUAUCACCAAUGACGUGUCGUGAUUUUGCCUAGUAGUCGCGGGUCACGGGUCGCGACUCGUAAGAUAAAAUCGGUAACAACCACUGUAAAAGAAAUAUUUUCAAUCACGUUUUUAUUCAUUUUCCUGUUUUUUUUGUAAACAUCAAUAUAUCUUGGUGUACGUGUCCCCUUUUUUUGUGGUACUAAAUAAAUGCCCGCCUCGGCCUUACAGGAGCAGACGUGGACAUCUUUUUCAUCCUUUCAUCACGUACACAAGUUACUCGAGAAGCGCUGGCACCAGCUUACAUCGGUUGACUUCUUAUUGAAAUGAAUUUUGAGCCGGUGAUCUCACCGAACCAGUAUCUCCAUAAUUUUCAAAGUUGAAGACAAUUACAUCGAGCAGAUCCUAAAAAGCACCAUAUUCAUUUACCUGGGAAACAUUCUCGCCCUUAAUCCUUUCCGGUAAACUAUAACCGCCACUAUUUGUCUCGUCAUAAAACCUUUCGCAACUAAUUAUGCCCUCCUGAUGAAGUCACUUCUAAUGCGAAUCGAAGACACAGCCUUCAUCACGCGAUGUGAUCAACUGAUUUUAUUAACUUCUCCCUAUGAAGUAUAAACAGUAAAUUUUAAUAUUUUAUUACGAUUUUUGAUGUGUGUUCGAUAAUAAUUAUUAUCACAGUUAUAUCCUGCUUAGCGGUGUCUUCAACUUAAAGUAGAACGCUGAAUAAAAUCUUAGCUGGCUAAAGGUAUUGGGAAAUCAUCUUAAACAUUUUAGUCAGUGUCAUUGUGUCUGCCCAUCUUUCCUCUUCAAUCGUUAUGCAAUGUUCUUUUAUUAUAAAGCAGUUUUUGAUACGUGAUUGAAGGUAUUGCGAGUUUCUUUACAAAUUCCGAAGCGGCAAUUCGACUGGGUAUGAGGGACUUACAUUUCUGUGGAAUAGUUGUAAUAAAGUCGUUCUAAACCGUGGCAUCUGCUGGGCGUAGAUCACCGGAUUUAUUAAUGAGUUUGCGAAGUAGAUGGUUUGCCACGUCAUCUCGAUAUGAAACUCUGACUGCCGAGAAAGAUUUAACUGGAUUUCAAAAAUAAGCAGAAAUUGAUAUAUCAUCACCGGAAACCAUGUCAAUAACGACGCGAGGGUUACGAGAAAGAGGGUAUGGGUCAGUUUUCUAUCUCUCUGACUAACUGCACCAUGGUUUUGUGGAUGACCGCCGUAACGGACCUUUACAAAGAUACUAAUAUAAGAAAACAAAAUUACACAAAGUGGAAUAACGAAGUACGAAAAAUAUAAAAUAUAAUAGUUGAAGUCGCUUAGAAGACGCAGUUGUUCUGGUACUUGUAUGCCUGCAAUCGUCAGCCAAAUGAAAGUGAUCACAAUUAUAUAUACCUGUUUCUUGACUAAAAGAUGCCUGAAUGGAAAAAAUGUUGCGUGUAGUCUUUCUAAGGAAAUAACAGCGAGAUUGAUAAGCGAGAUAACUGGAAAAAAUCCAAAAACAGAUUUUUAGGUGAAGUAACUUCGGAUUCCCAUUGAAAUCGAACUUCCACAGAUAACAAUACUCUGCUAUUCUAUGUUCUAUAAAAAGAGGUCCAGAGGCUGCACUGGCGAGGACAUCAACAAUCGCCAGAUGGAUGAUCAAGUAUGUACUCCGGCGCCGUUGUUCGCGCUGCUUCACAAAUACAAUAAUGGUGAUGAUAUUUAGGAUGACUAUAGCCAGACAUUCAGCAGUGAGUACAAUUGCCCAUGGAAUACACUCUGAGGGAGGAAUUCGAAUCCAAUCUUGUUGGCCGGAGGCCUUAUGAGUAUUGUUGCUGAUAUUGUUAGCCAUUCAGUUUCGACAGCUUUGCGUAGCGCACAAAACGACCUGGAAAUGAAAAAGAAAAGGCUUUCAAGAUUUGGUUGUAUGUGAUGCGUCUUUUGUGAAACAAACUAGAUCAAAAAAUGUUAGUCAUUUUUAAAUCUCUUUAGUAUUUUUGACUUGUUUGCGAUUUUUUAACUGAAACUUUCCUAUGUAAUUUUGAAACUCUAAAACUUCCCACCAAGGAUGUGUGAGUUCAACUUGAAAGUUGAAUUCUGUUUUUUGAAACGCACACAUAGGUGAAACACAGUCAGAAAAGCACGGUGAAUUUUUUAUGGCUAAAUUAAAUGGGGAGUUUUGAGAGUUUUGAAACUGUUUUAAAAUAAAUAUGAAUGUGAAUCUUUGCAAUUUUAAAAUCGUUCGUAAUUUUCUUUCGCGAUCAUUUCAACCGCUUUUGGGUGAUUUGCAUUUGCAUUUUGUAACAUCAUUAAUAACAGAAAUUGUGCUAAUCUUUUUCUUACAUUCGAAAACUACGGGGAACCACAGAAGUUCAAAAGUCGAGGCGAUGCAAUUUAUCUUUUACGUGAAUUUUUAGAUGUGCCCUUUCUCAACCUACAUGGGAGAACAAAGUGAUGUGAAACCAACUUUUUUUUCUUUAACGAGUUGAGAGGUAUAUUUUUUGUAUGAUUGUUUCAACAAUGUGUCUUUUGUUCCUACCGUUUGUGAACCCAGCUACAUCUAUGUAUUUACUGCUUUGCGGUAUCGAGAUACCAUUAUUUUUCCUUGGUUUUUCUGUCAGAGAAGAACUCCUUGCAGUGUUUGUUUUGCUGAGAAAAUUAAUUGCCAUAUGGAUGUGGACACCCUUCUUCAUCUCAAUAUAAGUUACUGAUAAUCAACCAGCUGGAAACAGUCGACCAGCGCACCAAAAUUAAAUAGAAAGUUAGUUUUUCUAGUUAAAUAGGUCUACGUGACGUUACUUGACAUUUAAUGUGAAAUGAAAGUGGUUAAUUUGCAUUAAAAGGCGCAACAGUUUAAAAUCAAGAAAUAACAACUUAUAAUCUACCCGGAUGAAGUUGCCCAAGGAUAAGUUUAAUUAGCUGGGCCCAGUUGCUCGAAGGCUGAUUAGCACUAACUCAGGGUUAACUUUUAAUCCAGGUUUCUUUAUUUCAAAAGUUCUUAAGACGGGCAGACGUUUUUCAGCUCUCUCGACGUUCUUCAAUAAAUUAAAGAUAUGUCCCGAAAUGCAUGCAGUAACAAAAAUGGCAAAUUUGACGAAAUUUUGUUGACGAUUUUAACGAAUUUGACGAAAUUUGUCGUUCUGUAGGAAUUUUAUCAAAACUGAUGAUUGUGAUGAAAUUUCGCUAAGGUCGUGGACGAAAUUAUACGAGCAAAUUGAAAUGACCUGGCGUGAAGGGCCCUAAAAAAACGACGAAUUUGGCGAAAGUGAAGUCAGUGAAGGUUUAUGAUUAAAACCUGUUCGUGUUAAAAUGUCAUUUAUUCCUUGGAAGUGUCUCAGUAAUACCUGUGCAUAUUUUGAACUAAGGAAAUAUACAUUGCUUUCCCCUUUCACUCGGGUAACACGAUUUAGAAGGUCAGGGAAAUAUAUAUUGUUUUCUGUUCCACUCCGGUAACACGGUUUUAGAACAAGGAAAAUAUAUCGUCGCUUUUCAUUCCACUCGGGCGACACGCUUUAGAACAAGAGAAAUAUAUAUUGCUUUCCGUUCCACUCGGCUAUCACGCUGUUAGAACGAGCAAAAUAUAUUUUGUAUACAUUGCCUAACAGGCUCUGAUAGCCAGGGAAAACAUACUGCUUUCCCUUUCGCACGGGGCUAGGGCAACAUUCAUUGAUAACGAGGGAAAUAUCUACUGACCAAAUUUACCCAAUUUCGUAGAAAUCGUCAUAUUCGCCAACAUGUCAGGUUUGUCUCUGAUGAGAUAAUUUGCAUUGUUAUGGCUGGCGAGAAGGCGUCAAAAUCCUCAAUUCCGCUAAGAGAAGUCGUCAAAAUCCUCAAUUCCGCCAAGCUGAUUUCGCUUUCACGAAUUUGACUAAAAUUCGCGAAAAUAGUCCAAUCCACGAACAUUCACCUGGUUCGACGAAAUUUCGUCAAAUCUGUCAUUUUCGUUACUACGUGCAUUUCUAGACAUAAAUUGGUAAUUUUUACAUAUUUACAUAUUCAAAAACUGAACGAAAUAUUAAGUACAUCCAAAUAUUGUCCUAUUUAUGUGCCUUUAAUAGAUUCAAAGAAUACGUCGCAUGUUAUGAAAAUAUCCGUUUACAAUUCAAACAAAAUGAAACAUGAUAUUCUUUAGCUACCUUGGGCACAGGCGGUGUUAAAAUGAGAUCUUUUCAUCAAAGUAAGCGGUCAGAUAACAAUUAAUACGCCGUGGAAGUAAGGUGAGGUAUUUUAUUGAGAAUUUGACCUAUUUUUUAAUUCCUUAAAGCGGUCGUAAAUAUUCCCAUACAAACUCUUAUAAUUCCGCCAUGACUGUUAUUGCGCAAGCUGAUCAUCUCACAUAUGGAGCUUGGGUCGCCUGUGCCUCAGGUGUUUUUUUAUUGCUCUUGGAAACGCUUACAAAUGGAUGCAUCCAGACUUAAAACAACCGAAAAACUCUCAUGGAAGAAAAAAUACAUGAAACUUUUUUUUUUUAUCAACGUUUUCAAAAGUCUGCGCUUUCGUUGUUUUUUCAAAAAUGGAGCCUUUUAAGAACGAUGUGUUUGCAAAACAUUAAACUUUCAAAACUGAACGGAAUCUCCCCGGUGUGAAUGGGGCCCGAACCAGAGGAAAACUAACUGUGGCUGUUUCAUAAAAGUACUGACCAAUUCGUUUGACAAGUAUCGGGAAUAAUCAAUUGAUUUAAAUUUGGCGAUGAUAUUGACUUUUUGCGCAUUGAUGGAAAGGAGGACUGUAAAGCAGAGGGCUUUGAACUAAGAACAAUGGCACAGUCCAUUUUCGUUUCUCCUUUGACACUGUCUAUCGUAGCCGACGUGAGGGGACUUUCAAGUACAAUGUAACCAACUGUCUAAAUAUCGCGGGAUAUUUGCAUCGUUUCCUGUGUUUGAACUCUAUUUAGUGCAGUUAGAAAUUAAUUAAACUUUUUCCUUUAAAUGAAAAAAACUCCCCAAAACUCAAAUUUCAACUCAUGAACUUGUUGAUAGUCAAUACUGAAAGAUGAUUUAAUAACGUGCAUCCCUUACGUGAUUCUUCGCGUUUUUUACUUAAUGCAAUUCUAAUACUAAAUAUUUUUGUAUUUGGUCAACCGUCAAACAAUGAGCUGUUACUCUUUUCAACAAAAGUCCCUCUACGGACAUUCUGUUUUACCAAUGCUUUCAGCUGCUUAAGUCAUGACACCUUCAUGACAAGGCAAAAAGGUUUUCGGUUCCAUGCUUUCCUGGCAAGUAGCCAGUCUGACUAUUGGAAGCCCUGCAAUCGCUUUUACUUUCUAAUUCAUUAAAAAAGUUGGUAAGAUGAUCUCCUUUGCUUUUUUAAAAGGCGAAUUUAAAUAUAAUGAAUUUGUCACUUAAAGUUAAAAUCUCUUCAACGUUAAUUGACUCAAUUGAAUGUAUCUGACUUUAUGUUUUCAAAGGCGAGGCAGUAUUUAUCUACCUCUUGGUGAUUUUCGCAUUUUUUUUUUCUAAAUUUCAGAUCCCGAUGCGAUACUGACUCAGCUGCAAGCUAAUAACCUUACAGUAAAAAGGUCUCUAAGACGCGGGAAAGGUAAGCUACAGAUUUUUUUCGCGUAUUAAAAUGAAUACAAUGAAAUUUCAUGUGACCUUAAGCACUGUUAUCUCCGAAGGUCACAACUACAGUUGUAAAACUCAUCAAAAAAUUUCCAUCGUUCUGUUUGGUUACUUUCUUAUCACAUUUCGAAUUCAACCUUCAAUGGACACUGGUGAGAGAUCGCAGGCAAAUUUCACGUAGUAUUGAAACAAAGUAUUAUUUAUAGGCUUGUUGUUCGCGAGAAAGAAGUUAGCUAAUUAUGUUUAGUUUAACACCUACAUGUAAAAAGGGUCAGCAAUGAACGAUAGGACCCUACGGCCUUAUGGGUUUACCUAAUACAACCGAUCGAUGCACCUGGUAAAUGGUAGAAGCCAUACAUGCUUUCCUGAAAGAAAAGAAUAAUCUUAACAAAGAUUUUGUAUGAAAAAGUAAAGCACUAGUUAUGAUUUUGCUGGGUCUUAUUUCUCUUGUGCUUUUUUCGUUAUUCUACUGUCCUAUCUCUGUAUAUUUGUGAAAGUUCGUUGCAAUCGUCAUCCUGAACACCAUAGUGCAGCCGGUCAGAUAGAAAGAAGACUAACCAAAACCUUGUUUCUUGUUACUAUCGGAUCUUUGUUCACCUGGCUUCCAGUCAUAAUUUACCAAGGCCUGAUUAAUUUCCACUUUCACUUUUUGUUGACUGAAUGGGUUUUUCAUGCUGAUAUUACAAUGCAUGUUAUCUACUUUGCAAAUUCCCUGAUAAAUCCCAUAAUCUACGCCUUGUGGAUGCCAAAGCUGAGAACUGGCGUAUCACAACUAUUUGGAUUAAAUCGAAAUCGUUUACUCACUGUUGAUUUGCCGCUUCGUAAUCUCCAUCAUGGGGUAAAAUUAGAGGCUAAAGAGACGGCGCUGUAAAUUCUCUAUUGAAUGACCGUCAAAUUUAACACUAAUUGUUCACUUUGGACGUGAUACCUACGCAAAGUUAAAAUUAUACUUUGCCAACCCUGCAUUAUUUGCCAUUAUUGGGUAAUUUCCAGAUCAACAUUACUGAACAUUACUGAACAUUAUUGAAUAUAUUUCAGUAAUGUUGAUGUAAAAGUAGCAUUUAACUUUAGUAACUAAUCGAUCACGAUUUUUUCAUUUCCAUGGCCUGCAAGAAAAAGCCACAGCUAAGAAACAAGUAACAAUUUUUUAGGUCAUUCAACUUUAGUGUGGGGAUUUGUUUGAUCAGUGAGUUUGAGUUUCAUGACCAUAAUGUCGUAAUUUAUUUUACCGUCCAAUACUCAAGAUUAUGCAAAUAUGUGACAUUACAUAAACAAAGAGCCAUGGAACGUUUAGAACUUUUAAAUAAUUGAAAAGGUCUGAAAAGCUACACAUACGUCUACAAUUAUUCAGCUCAGUGUAAAACAGCUAAGGUAGAUAUGAAUGGAGGUUAAUGGGUUGAACUCUGCCCUCAUAAACGAAAGUGACUAUUCCAGCUUUUCUCCCUUAUGACCCGCCACAGAACUUGCACUCUCUUGUAAGAAUCGUUCAACAAAAAAGUUUUCCGAGUAAAAUCGUUUGUAUUUAGUGUGCAUCUGCCCAGGUUAUUUUCCUGUCUUUGCCAGUCGCUUGGAAGGAAGGAAAAUGUCAAUAUAUGUGAUAUAAUGAUAUAUGUGCUUAUAUCAAAGGUUAUUUGUUGUUAUCCUGAGCCAAGCCUCCCUCCCCUCCUCCCCUCUCACAAUCCUAAAGAAACAAAACCUAACAACAACAAAAGAAGAAUUGCUUAUCAUGGAAACAAUUAUGUGCAACCAAAGGAAGAUUGGUGGCAUUUUUGUACAAUUGAUCUUUGCUGCACAUCAAGGGAGGGGUGGGCAUUAUGGAAAUGAAGAUGAGAAUCCCAAUGGAAAUAAAAUAAUAUAUAGAUUUAGGCAAGCCUAAAAGCGGAGCUCGCAUUUUUUUUUCCCGCACGUCUCUUCAACAAAACUAAAGCCCUUACUAUGGAUAAAGUGCGUGGUAAUAUUAAUGGAUAUUCAUUCGAAACUUCUCCGUGUCCGUGUAGAAGACUGAUUAUAAGGUAGUGCCCGUGGUACAGUUGGCCGCGCAUGCUAAAAGUAGCGCCUUAUAUGGUCGUACAUCCAAUUUUUUUCGGCUUGAUGGGUUACUACAAUUAUGUAUAAUUAUGGGGCUACGUUUGCGAGCUCCACUAUGGUGUUCUUCAGCAAUUUUCUCAUGCAUAUUGGUCGUUCGGUUUGAUUACUUUAUAUUUUUGCUUCAGCUUGCAAAGCAUUGAGACCAUCUGGCUUUAACAAAUCCGAAACUGCAUGGGUUAAAAGACACGUUAUCUUUGCGUUUAUAAAAUCAAGGCAGUUUUGAAGUUUUUAUUUUUCGAGUUUUAUCGCGAGUAUUUUUGGAAAAUACAGUUGACAUUAAACUUUAAACUUCCAUAACUGCUCCUUUCCAUUUUUCUUGCUAUCAGAAAUCUUUUUGAAAUUCACCGAUGACCAUCUGGUCUAAUGACAGAAAAUUUAUAUUUUCUUAUGCAAAUAUCCUCUCUCAGAAAGUACAAGUAGCUCUGUAAGUUAGACAUAAAGUCGUGUUUAAAAUUAUUGGCUCUGCCUCAAAAUCACAAAUGAGUCCUUUUUGCAACAAUUUUCUUUUCCGUUCUAGCACAUAAGGCGAAAGGCUAACGACACGAUAAAAUUAGUACGACGAAGACAACAACAAAGCAAAACAAAUGCAAAUAAGAGUAAGUUUUCCUGAUGCAGCGACGGCUAGACAAAAUAUGACAUGCAAAACAUCUACCCGUAAGUAAAUUUGUACAAAAUUUGUAGUUUAACACCACAAUAAUAUUUUCAUUUCAACUAGUCUCUAUGAUUUGCGCUCUUUAGUAAUUUUUUUCAUAUUGCUUUCAGCUUAAUUUAUGUUAAUUAAUUCGUGAUGCAUUUCUAACGAUGCGAGUGAGUUAAGCCGCGCUCGCCUGAAAAGUAGUUUUUCUGGACCUCUUCUUCGUAUAAAGAGAGUAAGUAAGGUAAUCUCUCAUGCAUUUUAAAAGGCAAACUUAAAUAUUUUCGAUUAUAGCCACUUACGUGUGAAGACCUCUUUAUUGACCAUACCUUACUUUAUGUUUUCUAAGGUUAAGUAAUAUUUCGCUAUCUCUUGGACAUUUGUGUAUUUUGUUUAUUCUAAAUUUCGGAUCUUGGUGCAGUACUCACCCAACUGCACGCUUAUAACUGUUUAUAAAAUAUAUUUAAAGGCCUUUAAAGCGCGGAAAAGGUAAGGAAUAAUUGUAACCUACUGAAUUAUUACACUGCAAUAUCAUGCGACACAAGCUAUAGACGAGCGUAUCUCAGUAAGUUGAAGAUCACAACCACGGCCGAAAGAAAAUAUUUCAUGUUAUCGCCUGAAACUCAACUAUUCCGUCGGUUUGUUUGUAUGUAGUUAAUCCGUUAGCAGAUCUGGAACUCAACAUUCACUAGAUGUUGGUACGGGAUUGUUAAGUAAAUAUCGCGUGUACUUAAAAGAUUCCCUUUCUUUUCAUUGUUACGUUAGUAUCUCGCACACUUUAAGGCUAUGUUUCAUUGGAUUUUUACGUUAGUGUCUAGCUCAUUUUAUUCAUAAACAUCCCUGAAAUAGUUUACUUAUAUGUCAAAGUUUAGACAGGUAUUGGUUUCAUUUUCGUUUUUGUCGAACAAGGCAAGCCGGUUUCAAGUUAUCGGAAGAACUUUUCAGUAAAACGACUAAGGAAUUAAUUCCGCUGUUCACAUUUUUGCACCAAAAGAAGCACUACGUGCCUGCAUUCAGCCAAUCUUAAAAGCUUUUUCUCGAUUAUUUUUUAGGUCAUUCCUUGUUUUGCAAACGUCAACAGAAGCUAAAUGGAUGAUAAGAUCAGCAACAAUACUCAAAACUUCUCCAGCGCAUGGGAACCCAGUCUCCUCUCACAUUGCAUUCCCUGGAUUGUAGUGUUCAUCACUGAAUGUCUGGCCAUAGUCAUCCUAAAUAUCAUCACCAUUAUUGUAUUUGUGAAGCAGCGCGCGCUUCAGGGCCGGAGUACGUACUUGAUCAUCCAUCUUGCCGUCGUCGAUCUCUUGGUCGGUGCAUUCAGUGGACCUUUGCGAAUAGAAAAUAGAAUAGCAUUGUUUUGCAACCUGUGGAAGUACGACUGGGAGACCCAGUGGCUGAAUCACACAAAGAGGUGUAUUAUUCAUUUUUCCAGUCGCCUCUCUUUUUGAAUCUCGCUGCUAUUUCAUUGGAACGAGCACACGCAACAGUUUGUCCAUUCAGGCAUCGUCAUGCUAAUAGGAGGGUUUAUGUAGUUAUUAUUGCUGGCAUUUGGUUAUUGGCGAUAGGGUUAACACUGACUGAACAAAUCUUUUAUCUCUAUCUCAUCCCUGUGGAUAAAGUUUAUUUCUCAUAUUUCUUCGCUGCUCUUUUUGUCAUUUUUCUUUCUUAUCUCUGUAUAUUUGUGAAAGUGCGUUGCAAUCGUCACCCUCGGCAUCAUAACGCAGCCGGUCAGAGGGAAGGGAGACUAACCUAUACCUUGUUUCUUGUUACUAUGGGAUCUUUGCUCACUUGUCUACCAGUCAUGAUCUACCAAGGCCUAGUUAGUUUUAACAAUGAUUGUUUUUCAAAAGUAACUGGAAAAGUGAGCUUUCAUGUUGAUAUUAUGAUGCAAACACUCUUCCUCUCCAAUUCUGUGAUAAAUCCCAUAAUUUACGCCCAGCGGAUACCAGAACUAAGAGCAGGCGUAUCACAACUAUUUCAAUUAAAUCGAAACCGUUUAGAGUUCGAUGAUUUUCCGCUUCGCAGACUCCAUUUAGAGGAAAUUAGAAACUAGAGAGACAGCGCUGUAAAUAUUUCAUUUAAUUAUCGUCACGUUUGACACUUAUAUGACAGCACAGGCCUAAACAUCGACAAAAAAUAAAGCAAACCAGAACCAAAAAAAAAAAAUAAUUAAAAAAAAAAAAAAAAACGCAAAAGUGUAGGUUCACUUUGGACAUGAUGUCCUCACGCGAAGCAAAAAUUAUAAUUUUCCCAGUCCACAAGGGUGAUCCCUAUUGUUUUCCAUUAUACGGUUAUUUCUAGAUAUUUAGGCUUCACUCCUUUUAUUGAUGUUUAAGUAAUACUUGAUAUUAGUUGGUAAUUAUUUUUAGAAUUGUUUAUUUCCAUGGCAAGACAGCUUGGAAAUAUAAGUAACAAUUUUGUCAACUCUAUACUCGGAGAUUUGUUAAAUCGGCUAGUUUGAGCUUCAUAACUAGAAAUUUCAUAAUUUAAAUGGGAUGAUUUCCUGGUAUUCAGGCCCAAGACUUGUGGUUCAGGUGUUUGAAAUUAUAGAAACAAAGAGUCACGCGACUUUAAAGCUAAGGACACAUAAAAUCAUUUUUAAAGGUCUUAGAAGCUACAUAUACGUCUACAAUAAUUCUUCCCUGUCUAAAACAAUCAAAUAUAUAUAAAAAGAGUUUGAUUUAUUAGAGUGUACUCUAAUCAAAUCAUUUUAACAAGAUGAAUAAAAUAAAGGCGAUAACUGCAACUGCAGCUGUUAGAAUCUACAUUAAUUGUCUCAUAAAAUAAGGAUAUGUGAGUGACUUUUUCAAUCAAAGGGUCUGCUACACUCCGGCGUUUUGACGGUUUUAGCCAAUUUUUUCUUUCGGUUUGCGGUCGCAGUCGUACGUAUGAUAACCUAUGUCUCAGCAGUCGGGAGGUCCAUAUAGGGAAAAGCUGUUCCCCGCUUUCUUGGACAUCGGAAAUCACACUGGAUUCAUACUUAAGUCCACUAGGUCGCGUUGCCGAACGUCUUUGAAUCGGAGCCUAGGCCGCCCUCUAGGUCUGGUUCCUUCUUUCGAGUCGCUGACAUGCUUUGGUUUUAGUUGUGAAGAGAGUAGUCCAGAGUUUGUGAUUCCGAACAGUUCUUCAUUUGUUAUCUUAUCCUCCCAUCCAAGGAGAGAUCUGAGACAUCUGGUGUGGAACUCGCCAAGGUAUGAUUCCUUAGGUCUGUAUGUGGUUCAGCAUUCAGCACCAUAUGGCAAGAUGCUCGGUAUGCAAGCUUUAUACACUCAUACUUUGGUUCUAGUGGUGAGAUGCUUGUUCUUCCACACACGAUCAGUAGACGACUGAAAGUUGUAAAGAAACUUUCCUAAGUAUUAUGGAUAUCUCGUCCUCUAGAGACAUAUUUGGCGACAUAACGAUGGUUUUCUUCAGACUGAUGAGACCAAACACUUUGCAUGACUCAGAGAAACAGGCUAGAAUUUAUUGAAGCUACUCCUCAAAUGAGGCACAAAGAGCAGCAUAGCCAGCAAAGAGAAGCUCGCUGAUGACAACUUCCUGGACUUUUGUCUUUGCCUUGAAGAGGGAGAAGCGGAAGAACUGAAUUACCAUCAUCGCGAAAUAGAACUCAAUACUUCACUGAAAGUUUUAUGACCAACUAACUUUUUGGGAGGAUUAAGAUAUCAAAUAAAUGAAAGUUACAGUAAUUGAUUUAAUUGUAGACACAUUGAGUUACUUUUGAUGAAAGCUCAUUAAAUUACAAAGGGUUUUUAGGCCGCUUGUCAACCAAUUUUUUCCGAAACCAUUUAUUUUUUGUGAUUUGAGUGAGAAAAAGGAGAAAAUUCUUUGCUUAAAAUGCUGCCCAGCUGGCAAAACACCACAUGUUCAUGAAAAAUCACAACGAAGUCAGAGAUCGGAUACCACGCACUGUGAGAGAGUAUGAUGGAAGAAUACUGCCCUCUCUCGGAGCCAAUGAGAUCGCAAGAUUUGUAGAAUCCCACCGCUCGUGCUUUGUGAAAGAAGUAAAAUGAAUUAUCACGUGGCAGGAGCCCAUGGGCCCCUGCACGCGGUUACAGAAAAUUGUAACUUAUUGCGAGGUUUUCAGAUUUGCCGGUGUGAUGGCGCCGGGUUUUGUAAAUAUAGUUAACAAACUUGGAAAACUGAGCGGCUUCUUCAUUUUCUGCUUUCUGAAGCUUCUUCUCAAGCAAAUCAAAGAAGAUUGUAUUUUGAGACUAGAGCAGUCAAACAGGGCAGGAAAUGAAAAGGCGCAAUUUUUCUACCAUCUCUCCCCUGCGGUGACGAAAUUUGACAGAAGGCCAGGCUUUAAAGUCAAACGGAGAGCGCUUUUAAGGACGGCGGCCACGAAUCUGCAGUGAGAUGUUGACGAAGUUAUCAAAUGCGUCUCCUUCUUUGAAAGCUUGGAGUAGUGCUCAGGAAUAUUCUUAGCAAUGAAAAGUAUGGAUAAAUUAAAGUUACCUCGUUUCGUACAGAAAGUCAGCGCGCCAUUUUAACAAUCCACUUCUUUUUUUAAUUGGCAAUUUGAUUUCGAAUUGAGUGUAGAGUUGGCCUCGUAUGCUAUACAGUGAACCCACUUAAAAAAUAUAUCCAGUGAACUGAAAUUUCAUUGAGACUGAGGUGACUAAAGUCAAUAACUUUAUAAGUACAAAUUUAAUUAUUAAAGUCAGUUUUCUUGCAUGAUUACUAAGUUCUCACACAAGUAUACUUGAUAAUAUGUCUGUAAGUCAUCUUCGUUUCUUUUUUCUUGCAAGUCAUUGCAAGAACGUGCAGUCAAAUGUUUGCAAGCGUUAACAUGAAAAAAGGACAGUGGUGUAGCUGGGUCAGGCCUUCUUCCUUUCUAACCCUUGUCGACACAUGGGUUCACCCAGCAACAAGGGAUGAUUUUUUUUUGUGCAGAUACUGAAGCAGAAGCUGAUAUUUUCACCUCAUUAACCGUAUUUCCUUUUUUUUUCCUAUUUAUAUUAAGGCAUGACUUAUUACCGAAUCACUUAAAUUUCAUUUUGUUAUUUUUUGUGUUUUUAUCUAUACAACCAACCUUUUUUCGGUUUUUGGUCAACCGACAGAGAUAACUAGGUAAGUCUCGAAGCAAACCACAUGCUGGUACACAGCGGUAACGCAGGCUCAUGUCAAUUGCUAUCUUUGUUGUGAUAAACCAUGAGGAUCAACCUGAUCCGAAACUGGACCGGUUGGCUCCUUAUAGUCAAUCUACUCUUCCUUAUUUCGAGUUAUUUCUGUCAUUACAUGGAAUUUUAAUAUAAAAGUUGACUAUUGAAUAUCAAAUUCUCCUCGCUCUCUCUUUUGUUUUAUCCUCAAACUAAAUAAAAAAAAUAUAGUCAAGAUUUAUGCAUCUUGUAAAGAUCCUCUCACGAGAGGUGCAAGCAAUUCUUAAAACGAAUGAAUGAAUGGAGGUGAGUUUCUAAAGAACCUGUGUCACAGCUUUCAGAGCGAAUAUGACGAAAGGGUAACACUCGAAAUGUCUCCUUUAGAAUCCCUUAGCCGCAGUUGAUUCAUAUCAUCAACUUAGUUUAUAAAACCAAACUCUCGACGUUAGUUAAGCUUCAAGGUACAAAAGAUGUGUGGAAGUACUUGACUGAAAAUAAUCUUUUCAGGUUUAUGAACUGACCCCUUUCGUAAUAACUGAAACAAAACACCAAGAAAACCAGAAGAAACUCAAGUUCCAAAAAUAUCAGUGUCUAAGAUGAGGUUGCUCAUAAUUUCCUCCAAUUAAACAAGAAGAAGAAAAAGAAAAAAAAAACGGCAACUAAAAUAGCAACAACGGAAAACUAAUACUAAGUUUACGUUUUCCAGUCGUAAAAUUAACUUUGAGUACAUUGUCUAAAGUACCGCACUUUAGACAACGUACUCAAUAGUAUUGAAAAGCUGUGAAUAUAUGAAAAUCAUGUGUGUGAACAGCGGAUUAAGAAAUGAAUAUGAAAGCAAUCUUCCCAGUGAGCUUUGUUUGCUCAGUUGGUAGAGCACUGUACCGAUUGAAAGUUUUUCCAGACUUUAUUUUCGCUACUGUUUAAAUAGUGUUCAUCAUAGCGAAGAUCACUUUUAUAUUCAGUACUUAUUAAAUUAAACAAUUCUGUUUUGGGAAAAACAUCCAACCACUAAUUCAUUUAGGUUGCUCCAAACUUUCGGCGGCAAGAGGAUCCAAACUUACUUAUUCCAAAAAAAACAAAAUUAAAAAAAUCUUAAAUAGCGUGUUAGAAAUUUACAAUAAAAAAGUUUACAAAUUAUUACAGCGUGGAAUCUCUAACAACAUCAGUUCGUGGCAAACAACGUCACAAUAGAUCAACUUUGUUCGCUCUCUCAUUUUCAUGUUGUGGUUUUUGAAAAUGGACAAGUCUAUCCCUAGACAUGAAACAUUCAAACAGGGAAGAUGUCCUUGAUUAAAACCAAAGCACAUCCAGAAUCUAAAAAUCGCAAACCUUGUGAAUUUUUCUAAUUAAUAAUAUUAAUAUCGUGCUGAGAGUGACUUUGGUUCGUGGUUUGCCCAACCUUCGAACAGUGGCGUCGAAUAAGAUUUUUUCCCCUCGUGUAACCCAAACGAGAACGUGCUCGUAGAAGCUGACUGGGCAAACGUGACUGGAAAAUUAUCACUUUGCUGUGAGGUACCAUUUUGCUUGCUGUGAACAGCAGGAGUUCUACAAUAUUAUUCGCUUGCGGCUCACAGUGUGAGCCAGGUGCCAACAUAAUUUUCUGUGAGAGCGUGAAAUGCCUCUUAACGAUAAGGAGUCGAAAACUCGCAAAAUGAUUUCUAAAAAUGGUAUUUUCUUCAAAAAAAUUAAAAGGGAAAGUAAAAUUGACGAAAUGUUGCGAAAUUUAAACAGUACAUGAACUGAAUAACGAGUAACUCAGUUGUGUCGGCCUCCCUUUUCAAACAAAUGCUCCCCUUUUUUGAGGCUUUGGAACGCAGCACGCUUGCAAUUUUCGCGACACUAGAGCUUGACAGCUCUAUUAAAAGAAAAACCAAUGGUUAUACGGAGAGAUGCUUUCUGACCUAGAGGGAGUGACUUUCUUUCUAUAACACUAUGCAGUAACACAGCAUCGGAGAUCACGCUUGAUAACGGAUAAAUUCGUCAGAAUUGUGUUCAGUAAUUUUACUGUUUAUCGGCUUCGUUGGUAUUAAAGGAGGAAAAUCAAAUACCUUAUAGUUUAAUCGAAUUCUGAAUUCAACAAAAUUGCUAAGGAUAUAUUAUAUACUUGUGUUUCCUGAAAAACAGUGUACCUACGAAGUUUUCUCCGGAAGAUAUCUGAGAAAGUUUGGAGCAACCUUAAUGCAGACUCUGUUGGAGGUUAACUGUCAAACAAUGAAGCUAACACAUUUUUUUUUUAUAAGGGGGCUCAAUGAUUGGGGAAUUAUUUUCCACAUAAUUUCUGUUUGACUUUGGAUUUCACCUGCUUAAUUCAUGAUACGAUAUAAACGUGGUGAGUAAGGCUUGCCAGUUUAUUUGGCAAGCUGUUCCCGAAACAUUGGACACCCUGGGAAGAUUUUUCUGGAUCUUAAAGAAAGUAAGUUAAGUGGAAUUUUCGGCCGUAUAAAUGCCAAUUUGAUAGUUUCCAUUUGUUACUCACUAAACAAAAACGCUUUAAUAGUCGUAUCUUUGAAAGAAUAUCAUGUCUGAUCCAACUUUUUCUUUCCUUAACAAAGCCAUGUACCCCUAUUUGAGAAAUUUUAUCAUAUUUGUUCUUAUUUAGCUUUAAGUGGUAUUCUCAUACAACUGCGACCUGACAACAGGAUAGCGCAUAAUCCUCCUUGAAACACCGAAAGGUAAAUAACAUUAAUUUCUCAUCAGAUGUCAUGCUCUUUUGUGCUGCUUCAUCUCAUAGAACUAAAGGACACAACUGAGAAAAUCGCGUCAUGUCGACCCAAAUGCAAAGAUUCCUUUGUUUUCUAAACUCAGCGAACUUAGGGUGUAGGAUCCAAGACUUAUAAUUACAGUGAGCGCGUUCGUCCUCUUGCCAUUUGAAGAUUUGGGAAUAGUUACAGAAUCUUGAUGUUGAAUUCGAGGGAGAUCUUUUUGUGUCGAUUUCUGGCAAUGAGUGGCACCCUCUUCUAAAUUUGUAACGAAUGUGCAUUCAAAUUUGCUUUUUCUGUAAUGUCCCUCAUUACUCGGGUCGUUUUAAAGUAGAAAAAAAUGAAAAAAACGCUAUUGAGACCAACAACGAAUUGCCCGAAAGAUCUAUCAGGUCCACACAGAAGCAGAAGUUCGUGUGAAGCUCGAACAUGGUCGAGUGCGGUCUUACUUCCGACUGAGCAGGAGGAUUGCGGGCUCAUUUCAAGAACAGUGGGUGUUAAUCGGGCUCAACGUCUGUGAUUGAAGGAUCAUCGUCUAUGUUGUUAUUGAUCGUCUUAGUGUGAUCGUAUUAAAGUCUCCAGCGUCUCGAGAUUUUUUAAAAAAAGAUAUACGCGAACUACCUAGUAGUAUGGAAAAACGAAGCUUAACAAUUUGACAGUUUCAAACUUAGUUUACAAUAAAAUAAUCAAGAAGUGAAAACUUAACCAUGAAUGAGAGUUUCAUACUUGCCAAGAUUUGCAUUUGCAGGUUUAGAGUUUAAGGGUCUAGAGCCCUGGUAUUUAGGGACUAUAAGGACAUGCGCAGUUGACAUAAAAAAUGGCGAGCGCAUGGUCCGUGUUUUGUGAGGCUGAAGUUCAACUAUUACAGUUGAUUUAAUUUGUGGACCAGAAGACGAGAUUCUGGCAAGUAAUAAAGAAAAAUCGUACAAGAUUUUUCUACUUCAAGCGUAGGUAACAUUAUGCGUAAUCAAGUCUUCAACUACCCCCAAAAAGACGUUUUAAUGUUCAUAUUACAGUCCAAAUCGUCUACUUUGCCAACUCGCUGGUAAAUCAUAUAAGCAGUUUUGGUAUAUUAUAUAUUGAUCUUAUUUGAAAUUGUUCAAACUCUGUUGAUUCAUUGCUUCACGGAAAUCUCUUGUUUAGAAUUAAAGUUGAAAAUGAAGUAGCUACAGCAAAUGAAUAACAAAUAUGUAAAAAGGUGAAAGGACAGAAAACAAUUGUUUACCCUUAGUGUUCAAUGACAUUUUUACGCCGAGAGGAAAUUUAAAUUUAUUAUGUUAUUUGAGAUCUGUAAUUUUCAAUUCACUGAUAUUGCGGUCUAUGAAGUGGGUAAUUCAUAAACUUUUAUCUACGAAUAAGAUGUGUUAUUUGAAGAUGGUGACUCCUUUCGGUUCCAAAAGCGAAACGUAAUUUAUAUGCUCUCUUUACACGAUGAGAGUUGAGAAAUUUAUUAUUUUUCUCGGGUAUGCACAAAAGCAAGAAGGUUUGAACGUGCGGAGAUAUUUCUAAAAGAAUUAUGUUAUUUUUCCAAGUACACGAUAUUCCAGCAAGUAGCCCCCAAAAUGUUGCAUCAAGGUUUGUUUUUCUUGUUAUUUUUAGAUAUCUACAAACAAUUCUGAAGUAAACAAAAAAAAAAUCUGUCAAAACGAAAGUCAUUACGCAUUCUUUACGUAUGUGGUGUUAAGAAACUAGAAAUCUAGAAUCCACGAAAACGUCCCACAGACAUGGUCCAAAAAGGUUUUGUUAAUUUUGUUGUAAUCAGAAUUUAAAAAGAAUGACAGGAAGGAACUGUCAUGCAAAGCACAUUAACUAGUCGAAGAGGCCAGAAUUAAGUUCUUCAGCCAACACAUCGAGCUAAAUGAUAUUUUGCAGGUGAACAGGAAGCCAUUUACCAAGUUAAACUUCAUUUCCUGUUGUAUGCAAAUAUUGAGGGUUAAGCAAAGAGAAGAGUGCCUUAAAUACAAGUCUAAAUAACAGCUUAAGUGUUAUGCCGGAACUAGUCGCUGAGCAAAACCUCCGUAUUUGGCGACUUUGUGACUGUUUCAUUUCAAAACAGUUUUCUAAUGUCAACAUAACAACUUCAAAGGCUUUAAGUCCUUCUUUCUAAUAGGUAUGGUUACAGCAGCAGCACUCUGUUAUGUGCAUAAUGUCGCAACACCAAUGCGCAUGUGCCGAAGCUUUGUGCCUUGGCCGUUACGCGCGUUAAUUUAGCCAAACCGAAUAUAACUUAGCAUAAGGUUUUAGCUGAGUAUUUCAUUUAUUAUAAGGGACCUAUAGAUUUGUGCAAGAAUACUGAAAGAAAAUUCCAUAAAAUUCGCCCUAUUUUACGAAUUUUUAAAGAAAUUUCGCCCGACAGUUUGAGCCAUUCUUUACAGCGUUGUCUUAUAGAAGAGAAAAAUUGUUAGAACUUCAAGACCAAACGAGCAAUUUUUCGUAAAUUUCACCAUGCAAUAAUCAAGAGACCCUUCUUUAGUGGAAAAAAAAACAAGGUUAAUGCGACCAUGUUUUUUACUUAUCUCGCGAAAUAGGCAAGGAGUUCCUGAUUGGUUCAGUUUGCCAGCUUCUCUCAUUCUAUGCCAAAAACUUCCAAUUCAAAGAUGACUUCGAUGGUUUGAUUAUUUAUUUCAGCGAAGUAUUCCUCUUUGUUCAGGUUAACCUGAAUUGUAAACUAAGCGUCGAAAUCGCGUGGUUGAUAGAAAACAUAAGCGCGUAAGUAAAUUUUGUGCCUGAGUUUUACUCUCCAAGAAAUCUUUUUUAACAAAAGAGAGCCAUCUCUAUAUGUGGCAAUUAGAGUUUGUUGUUAAAAAAAUACUUCAGUCGUUGAGCGCUAUUAGCUUAACGAAUGCCCUGCAUGCUGUAAUUAUCUUCAUGCAUGAUUAAAAGAGACCGCUACCUUUCACCAUAAUGCAUCUUUUUUUUUAAAUCAUCUACUCUAUUUUCUCGAACCUGGGCCAAUCUACUACUACUACUACGAAAUGCAAUAUUCUAGAAGACGUUUUAUUAUCAACCCACUCUUUUUCCUUAUCUAACAGCUGUGCCUAAAAUAAGCCUAAAUUCACCGAUAAACGUCUGGCUACUCAGACUUUUAUUAAUCUUAUGCAUACAUUGUGUCACGAACCUUGUCUUCAUUGGCUUAUUUUCUCUUAGUUCACUGUUUGACACCAUGAAAAGAACAGCGAAAAUAGAAAGGACAGGGCGCCUUAAAAACAUCAUGUUUAUACGAGAGAUUACGAAAAAAGGAAGUUAUAGUUAAUUUUAAGGGUACAUUUUUCAUUAAUAGUAAUUCUAUUUGUGGAAAAUACCACAGAUAUCAGUUGAUUAAUUGGUAAAUGGUGAGAUACCCAUCUAUAACUGUGAAGCAGCAACGCAAGCAAAUUUUUCUGGUACCGAGUUUUCAUCAAAGUGCUUUGAAUAAAAGCAUUGGUUUUGAAAAAAAGUUUCUCGUUUCUAUUCUUUUCUAAUUUUCUCUUUUCUUUCGACUUUGUCUUUAUCAGAAGACUCUUAAAUGAAAAGAGACGUAAUUUAGACAAAUGAAAUUAGAUGAUAAUGACUGUUAGUCUGUUUUGGUGUGUUUAUCAGAUGUUUUCAGCUGGUUAAUCUGAACAACAUAAUAAGGCAAAAAAAACGGAUUCCCAUAUUUACCUGACAUGUCUCAACUUUGGAAUCACUCCGUUUAUUUUCUUGAACAUAAAGAACGAAAGUGAGGUGUCCAGUCGUUCAAAACCAAACGUAAGAGAUUCUAGCCUGGAAACCAGUAUUUAAAUGUCUUGAAAUGUCUUUGAAUGAACAUAUCAUACAAUGUUUUGGUGGGCCAGAAAUUCUUCUAAUAUUUUUUUUUGCUAAUUUUUGUAAUGCGGUUGUUCUAAAUUUCAGAUCUUUUCGCAGAAGUCACUCAUCUGUGAGUUUACAAUCGCAAAUAUCAAAUGCAAGGUAACGGUAAACGAUAUUUUCUCACCUGUUCCUAUCGUGCUUCUGUAAGCAAGUUUUUUUUUUUCACAGAACCAAGAAAAAAAAGACAACUGUAAAAAAACUCAUCGUGCCGACUGAAUAUCGAUGAGUUUUUGUAGUCUUUUUAAUCAGUACUCCGCGGCUAUAUUUCGACCAGCCAAAUGAACUGAAAGUUUAUGACACAUGAUUAUGGUAAGGAACAAAAUAGAAAUGAGAUUAAAAUAUGCCCGCAUUCAUUUUUGCUUCCUGAAAACAUAUACCGGAAGAGGCGUCAGCAAGUAACAAAGGAAAAUUCAGGAAUGUAGGUAAAUUUCAGAAAGCUUUUUCUUCUUUACUUUAGGUAAUUCUUUGGUUUCCAAGUAACUGGCGAAACAAAAUGGCUAACAAGAUCAGCAACAAUACUCAUAACACCUCUAGCCAAGAAGACUUGAUGUUAGUUCCUCUCGCACAUUGUAUUCCAUGGCUUGUUGUCUUCAUCACUGAAUGCCUGGCCAUAGUCCUUCUUAAUAUCAUCGCUGUUAUCGUAUUCGUGAAGCAGCGCAAGCUACAACGACAGAGCACAUAUCUGAUUAUCCAUCUGGCCAUAGUCGAUUUGUUAGUUGGCGCAAUCAGUGGGCCUUUACGAAUCGAACUUAAAAUGGCGUCAUUUUGCAAUCUGUGGAGAAACGACUGGAUGAAUCAAUUGUCAAUUCGCGUAAAAAUCACAUUCAGCAUUUUCCCAGUUGUUUCCCUGCUAAGUCUUGCGGUUAUUUCUUUAGAACGACUGCGUGCAACAUUUUGUCCAGUCAGGCAUCGCCAUACAAAAAAAUGGGUUUAUAUGAUAAUUAUAACUUUAAUCUGGUUAUUAACCACUGGUUUACUGGCGACAGAACAAAUCUUUAUUUCAGACCCUCUAAAUUCGGAAAUUGCUUACUUUUCAUAUUUUUUUAUGACUCUCUUCGUUAUUUUAGUCUCAUAUCUCUGUUUAGUUGUCAAAGUGCGUUGCGGUCGUCAUCCUCAACACCAUGGUGCAGCCGGACAGAGAGAAAGGAGACUGACCAAUACCUUGUUUGUUGUUACUUUUGGAUCGAUGGUAACUUGGCUUCCACUUAUAAUACACCAAAGCCUAGUAAUCGCUUUGCACAUCGGGGAAUCAAGUCAGUUUCCUUUAUCCCAGAUAGCGAGUUUUCAUGUUCAUAUCUUAGUGCAAAUCAUAUACUUUGCAAACUCCUUGAUUAAUCCCAUAGUUUACGCCCUGCGGAUGCCUGAAUUAAGGGCUGGUAUAUCGCAACUAUUUAAACUGAAUCGAAAACGUUUCAACUUCCUUGAUUUGCCCCUUCGAAAUCAUCAGUCUAGAGAAACAGAAGAAACAGUGCUGUAGAUUCCUUAUUCAAAUUCUACCUUCACAAAAUUUCUGCUUAAACUAACUCUUACUCAAUGCUUACUCAACGCAAAAACGAGUUGACACAUUUACCGCUACAAGUACUGAAACUUUGUUUCUUUUGCAUUCUUUUGUUUGCUGUUUCUUUAUGGAUUUAAAAAUGAUCAUUACCUAUGCUUAUGACUGACGAAGGCUGAUGUGAGAAAAACCGCAACAUGUUUCGCAAAUUAUUAAAUCGAGAUCUCAUUAAAAAUUGUGAAUGUAACGAUCCGGAUAUUGUUACAAAAUUUAGGAUGCAGUUACUUGUUAUUUAUAUUACUAAAGGUAACGUUGUCAUAGUUUGGCAGCCUAACCCUUUAACUCCCUUGAGUGACCAAGACAGAAUUUCUCCUUACAAUGUCAAUACAAUAUCAACCAUAUAAGUGAUGAGAAUAAAGAAAAAUAUCAAUUUGGGGAUAAUUAUUUGAUCCAAUACUAAAUUCUCUGAACUAACAUUAUAAGAAUUGUAUGGUUGACAGUAAAGAGAGUUGCAAAUUUGAUCUGGGAGUUAAAGGGUUAAAGAAGCCUUUAGAUAAAAACAUAAAAACUUCACUAAUAUGUAUAGCAUACCAAUGUAUUCAAAUUAAAAAAUCCAUCAAAUUCUUGUUAUGAGAAAGAGUAUUAAUCGUUGUUGUUAGGAGAUGGCCAUGAACUAAAAGAUUAACAACUUUUAUGGUCUGCCCACCUAGUUUCUGUUGAAUACAACCGAAAUACAACCUUAUUGACCCGAUAGGACGAUCGACGAAUCCACUUUGUGAUAAGGCUGAGAAACCCUUUAAUUGAUGGCUUGGGUGAAAAUCAAUUCAAAAGUGGGAGUCACAAUUAUUCGGAAGGAAUAAAGUGAAUUUCAACUAAUGGAUUUGUUACUUUUUAAUCUUAGGUACAAAAUUUUAAGAUUUUGUACGUAUUUCAUCCACCUGCCGGGGUCGAUAUGAACACUGACCCAAUUUUACGAGAACUCCCCCAUCAUAUUCUUUGUAUACAUAUGCCGGCUAGUAUGUACCAAGUAUUUCUAUCGGUUAGCGGUGCAGUUGACUUUAAGAUAAUUGGAUAUGCAAAAUCACCCAAACAAAAUCAAACAAAAACGCGCGAAUAACAGGGUACUUUAUACUUCUUUUGAUCAAACAUUUUCAAUUUUGUAACUCUAACUUUAUCCUCAAUUCAGGAAAUGUUGCACAACAUUAUUCCAAUAUUGCGCCAUUUAACCAUAUUAGGGCGACGUUGUUAUAUGGCAAGGUAGUAUUAAGUUAAAUCCUAGCUUUCUGAUUGCUUCUUACUUUGUCCAUAUUUUGCCAUACUGAUCAUUUCGACGGAAACGUUCAUAGGCCGAAGGCCAAAAAAUAAAAAAUAAGCAAGUUUGGUUCAGCGCCACGUAAUAAAAUUCUUACUAACCUGGCUCGGUUGAACCGCACUGGGAAAUAUUGGCCCUUGGGAAUAUUGGCUGCGCUCGGUCCGUACUACUACAUCGUCAAACUCCGAUUUUUUUACUUUUUGGAGGACGAAAUCGUAAAUAAUAAAACUUUCUUGGUUUCUUAUAAAGUAACUACCAUGAUUUCGUUUGUGCUGUUUUUGUUAUGAGCACACCUUGCAUAUUUGAUAGGAGUCUCAUUAUGCCGUUCGAUGUAUUUGGAAGGCUAAAAAAUGAAAUAAUAUUAGAAUGAUAACCCCUUUACUGGACACUGUAAUGGUUACUACGAGCGCGGGACAUUAUCUCAUUGAUCGUGUAUGAUUUCAUUUGAAACCAGCUUUAACUUUUCUCUCCACCAGACUAAACGAUAGACCCCUGAAAAGCUUACAAUGUGGCCUCCUUUAUGCAAAAGAAAUGCUUCCUGUUGGAAUGGCAAGUCAUAAAUCCAAAUGUUCUCCUUCUCCUCUGACUUUUUAGUUUUGCAAAGAGCUAAUUCAUUGAUCGGUUCUUUGCUUCUUCAUGUAUCUUCAUUCAUCAUAGUUUUUCUCCGUUAGUUUACUGACUAAACUCACAAAAGCACUCUUGGCCGUUGAGUCCAUCUUUAUGUAAUUUACGAUCGAUCUGCAGAUACAAGAAAUGAUAUCAUACAGAACACAUAUAUUCCCUAUAGAUUUCGAUUUGCUGCUUCGUAACCUUCCACGUCUUCAUUUUUUUCUAAACUAUCUCUUUCAUUCUGCCUUGUUGCUAAACCCAGCCGACACAUUCUUUUUAUCAUUCUUUGUUAUUUCAAUGGUAGAUUUGGAAGAACUGUUGUCACAAAGUGCGCUUGUGGCCUCCUCAUUAGUAUGAAGAAUUUGAUUAAACCGAAGAUAAAGUAUGGCGUCUUCUAAACAUAGUUCGGUUUCAUGGCGUGCUCUUGUAAAUAGAGUUAUUGAAACCUUUUACAAACAAUAGAUCACUCAGUGACUCAGUUUAGAUAUUUUUCCUCCCACAUAUUGAUUCGGGAAAGAUGUAUUUGUUACCAUAAAUUUAUUACACAGGGUAAAAAAUAUACAAAGGGAAGGGCAGUCGUUAAGACUUUUUUUUAAUAUUCAGUCCAAAAGCGGUUCCACCAAACGGUUCUGUCUUAGUAAAAAAAAAAAAGAAAAAAAAAACACAAAAAAUGACCUAUAGUAUCUAGAAGGGAUUUCGAUAAUAAUUAGCCAUAGGUGUUGCUUUUUAUUUUCACGUUUGAUUAUUUUAAAAGUCGAGACUCAAGAAUGGACUUAAACCGCAUGAUCCACUGAAUGUUAUUGAAAGUUUAUUUGCUAACUCUCGUCAUAAUUAUCCUAAUUAAAAUUCAAGACUUCUGUGUGAACUGUUUAAUUAAUCGGAAACAUCGUGAGAGAUCAGAUCCUGCCUAUUUAGAUUCUUGGGUAGAAAAUAUUUCUUUGGCGUUUACGAUGACUUAUCGGAUUUCUUUUGUAUUGGUCACUGUUUUGUAUUUGUCAAGUACGACUACCGCAUUUAUGCAAAGUUCUCUAUAUCGUGACUCGCAAACAAAAUAUGGAAAAUUCAAACGUAACCACAACCAAAGUCUCUUGGUAUCAAUAACAGAGUCACUUUUUGUUGAAGAUGCAUCGGAUUGUUCAUUCAGUUGUGUUGGGGAUCCCAAGUGCUUGUCAUAUAAUAUAGCCAAAUCUCCAGAUUCUAAUGGUAUCUAUGUAUGUGAGGUGCUGGCCACAGACAUGUACAGAGCUAAAGACAGACUUAAAGCUAAUUCUAGCUUCCAUCAUUUUAGCCCCAUGGUGAGUGGUUAAUUUAUCAGAUGUAGCUCAAUUCAGUGUAGUUUGAGUGUAGUCGUACGCGUUCGUGCCUUUCACGUUUGUUUCAACACAGUUAUACGUUUGAGUUUUGUGUAAUUGAGUGGAACUAUCAUUUAUUCAAACAAUUAUUCUUGAAUACAACCAGUGUCUUAAGCAAUCAUCGUUUUCUUCGACCUUGACAAUUAAAUUAAAAAUUGAAAGAAGAUGCUUUAAUUUUUUUAUGAAAUAGUCGCCUUGUGAGAAAUGGCCUUGCAAGAAUAGUGGAAAAUGCAUUCCUGACUUUAAACAAAAUGAUCAUCUCUGUAAUUGUACAGCGGAUUUUACUGGGAAGCAUUGUGAUACAUGUAAGUAUGCUCAAAAUUAUGGUCACGUGAGGAUCCUGGAAGAUCUUAUCUUUGUAGCAAUUCUCUUCCCAAUCGUAUAACCGUGGGCCAUAUUGCUGUGCCCUAAAAAUUCCCGCAGUUACGAAGUUAGAUCACACACACAGAAAAAAGUUUUUGGAAAACUAAUGAAUCAAAAAAAAAAAAAUUUUUCUUUUUCAAUUGAAACAAUUUUUCACAAGUGAUGGUGAUUAAGACAAAUUCAAAUUCAAAUUUUAGCCAGUUUUGGUUCUUCAUUUCCCAUUAAUAAUGAUACUAAUAAUAUCAAUAUGACAAUGAUGAUAAUUUUAGCGGCUAACAUUCCACGAGGUGUAACCCUCGUCCAAUGUUUCGAGUCGGAAUUUGAAGAGUAGUGUUUCGUUGAGGGAGGAAAACCCGAUAGCUCAGAGUAAAACCCUCAAAGCAAGGACGAGAGCCAUCAACAAACUCAACCCACAAGUUAAUCCUGGUCGAGCAAGCAGGCUGGCCUGAUAUUUACAACUUUGUGAAUCUCAUAUACAGUUGCAGAUUACGCCUUUGAAUUUUCGCGUAAAGGAACUAGGACUAUAUCAUCAUCACAAGUAGUAUGCUAAGCCUUACAGCAGUGGCUGUUUGUCUCUGGAUGAAAACCGCUGAUACCGACAAUGAAGGAACACAACUGAGCUAUGCUGUUCCUGGAACACACAACGAAUUGAUUUUGUGGAACUAUAAGAAAUUGGGAUUAUCUGUGGGAGGAAGAAGGUACAAUGUUUACUUCUUUAAUUGUUCGGAGAAGUUCAUUCUUGAUGAAAUGAAUGCAAGUCGGCGGAGCAUUGGGUUGAAGUUAAUACCGUUGAUUGCAACCCAUCGCAUGUUAAGGUCUUCUUAAAAGGAUUGAAUGCACAUCAGAUUCAAAAUCUGUCUCACUGAUAAAAAUGUACGUCCGAUGGAGUUAAUGAUAAUUAUAUCUUUGUAGGAUGAAUUUAUUAUUAAACGUACUUUUUGUGCUGUUCUUCUAAAGAAGUUCUUCUUCCGUCUCUGCCAACGAUGGAAAGUGGCACCACAUCUGUGUUACUUGGGAGAAUAACGCUGGAUCUUGGAAACUGUUCAAAGAUGGCUCCGUUGCGGCUUCUGGGACAAGUCUCAAAACUGGUGAACUCUUCUUUAAACAGUUAUUACAACACGAAUAAUUGACGAUAUUUGAGUGUAUCAAUCAUGAUAGGAGGAGUUUUUCAGUUUUUUUCCCCAUAGAUUUAUCAAUUUCAACAUAGAACCAAAUCAGGAAGGUGAAAUUUACAAAACAAAACAAGUCUUGAACAUGUAAUACAGUGCUUAACACUAUGGUAAAUUAUUGUGAUUGAGUUAACUAGAAGGAAAGUAUGCCCAUAUUUUCACUUUUCCAUGCAUAGUUCUCCCCAAAGACUGACCGCUCAGUCAAAGGAACAAACAGAACGUUUGACAUACAACUAUGACUGAUUUUGAACUGUCAUUGAUCUCUCAUAUUCAUUUAGUAAACUCGAAAGGAAAGUUUGUCCAGAACGUCCCUUGGUGUUUAUGUGUCUUGAUUCUUUGCUCAGUCAGAUAAAAGCUAACUUGAAUCAUUAUACUUAGUGUUAUGGUACAAAGUUCCAUAUUUUUUCUCGAUUGUGGUUUGACAGGUCAUGUAAUUCGUGGUGGAGGAGCCCUGGUACUAGGACAAGAGCAAGACUCAGUGGGGGGAUCCUUUCAAUCCUUUCAAAGUUUCAUUGGUGAAAUGACAGGUGUCAAUAUCUGGAAUCACGUGAUUCUUGACCAAGAAAUCGCACGCAUGUCGCAGUCGUGCCUGACAGGCGUGGGGAACGUGUUUCAAUGGCACGACUUCAAGGCUCACGUGAAAGGUUCAGUGAAGAUAAUUAAGCCGUCGUGUUAA